UACAUAAAAUUGCAUUGAAAAAAAAAUAAUAAUAAAAAAUUGGCAUUGGAUAUAUGAUGCAUAUACGCUUAUUAUAUAUGCAUGUGAAAUUACUAAGAAGGACCAAAAUUAUUUCCCUGCCCGUGACGGCCGCUACCACUUUGGUUCGAGUAUAAUUUUCUCACCCUGUUCCACUGCAUCUCACACACAACACACUCUCUCUCUUCUCCAGCACAGAGGCGUACUGUCCAGGAUGAAUAUCCAAUCCUUCUGCAAUCCCGAAACUCCCACCACAGCCAUGGCCACCCUCAAUUGUCCAACCUAUUUUCCUUCUUCGCUUUCCAACCUUAGAAGACAGCUCUCACUUCCGUCAUCCUAUUACUCAAAACCACCUUCAACCCUCAAAACCCUAACCACCACCUUCCCAAACCUCAUCCCUCUCCGAUCCUCCAAGUCUCCCGUCUCCUCCGACCUCUCUCUGUCGACAUCCACCACCUCCUCCCCACUAUCCCUCAAAUCACGUCUACACAAUGGCGAAACCCUCUACGGCAUCUUCCUCCUCAGCUUCUCCCCUACUUUGGCUGAGAUCGCCGGCCUCGCUGGCUACGACUUCGUCGUCGUCGACAUGGAGCAUGGCCACGGGGGCAUUUCCGACGCCCUCCAUUGUCUCCGAGCCCUCGCCGCCACCAGAACUCCGGCUAUCCUUCGCCUUCCGGAGACUUGCCCUACAUGGGCCAAAAAGGCCCUCGAUCUCGGCCCGCAGGGCAUCAUGUUCCCCAUGGUGGACAGCCCAAAAUUGGCCCGUAAAGCCGUCUCGUAUUGCCGGUUUCCGCCCAACGGAGUGCGUGGAUCGGCCCAUACGGUGGUUAGGGCUUCUGAUUACGGCAUCGACGUGGGGUAUUUGAGUAAUUACGAGGAUGAACUGCUGAUCAUGUGCCAGGUUGAGUCGGAAGACGGAGUGAAGAAGAUCGAAGAAAUCGCGAGCGUUGAUGGGGUGGACUGCAUUCAGAUGGGGCCGUUGGAUCUGAGUGGAAGCAUGGGGUACCUGUGGGACCCGGGAAACAAGAAAGUGAGGGAAGUACUUCGAUCGGCGGAGAAGGCGGUGCUGGGUACGGGUAAAAAAGGCGAAGGCGGCGGCGAAGCCUAUUUGGGCGGUUUUGCUAUGCCGCACGACAGUCCAGAUGAGAUGAGGAUGAGGGGAUAUCACAUGGUGUCUGGUGCGGUUGAUGUGGGGAUGUUCAGGAGUGCUGCAGUUGAGGAUGUGAGGAAGUUUAAGAUGAGUUUGAUGGAAGAUGAUGAGAGAGAAACCGGUAAAGAUGGUGACGAGAAGUACUGGAGUGAAUGAGUUUUUGCUUUCUGGAAAAUAAUAAUGGAUGAUGAUGAUUCAUGUUUUUUAAUUAUCUGAGAUGAUUAUGUUUUAUUUAUUUAUUUAUUAUUAUUUUUUUGUCA